AGUUUUACGACGUACUUGGAAAAUUGGAGACUAAAGGCAACCUGGAAACGUCCUAGGAAAUAUAUUAAAACGCAUUAGUUGGUUAUACAAGUCGCAGUUGAACAAACAUGAAUUCUAUUGCAACGACUUGUCCUAAAGUUUCUCUUUCCAAUGGCCUGCAAAUUCCAAUUCUUGGACUAGGAACAUCGCAUGACGGCGGGUAUUCACAUGACGCCGUGUUGUACGCGCUCCGGGAGUGUGGCGUGCGGCACAUCGACACAGCGAAGCGUUACGGCUGUGAGGAGCAGCUGGGUAAAGCCGUGCGGGAGAGCGGAGUACCACGGCAAGACCUAUGGCUUACAACCAAACUGUGGCCCGGAGAAUACGGCUAUACCGCUGCCAAAAAGGCCUGCCGCGACUCGUGUUCCCGCCUAGGGGUGGAAUACCUCGGUAAGGCUCAGGACUAUAACUUGUACCUGAUGCACUGGCCAGACGCCAUGGUCCCAGGAAGGUCCAAUAGGGAGGUCAGGGUGGAGACCUGGAGGGCCUUGGAGGAGCUGUAUAAAGAAGGGCUGUGUCAUGCCAUCGGUGUGAGUAACUUCCUCGUCUCCCACCUGCAGGAGCUGAAGGAGGACUGUAGUGUGGUGCCUCACGUCAACCAGGUGGAGUACCACCCGUUCCAGCAGCCAGAGGAGUUGGUGGAGUACUGUCGCCAGGAGGGCAUCGUGUUCGAGGGCUACUGCCCCCUGGCCAAGGGGCAAGCUCUCAGCCACCCCACCAUCCUCCAGCUGGCACACAAGUACGCCCGCACGCCCUCUCAGAUCUGCAUCCGGUGGAGUGUACAGAAUGGAGUUGUCACCAUUCCCAAGUCCACCAAAAACGAGAGGAUCCUGGAAAACUGUCAAGUCUUUGGGUUCUCCCUCUCAGAUGAGGACGUGGAUCUCGUCAGGAGACUUCACAGUGACAUGAAGCUCAUUCAUCUCAGCUACCCACUCUGGAAAGGAUCUUAAAUACAAACAUUUUUUUUUUAGAAAUUAGAUCCGUGUGUGCAUGGCUGUGAAUAGGAAUGGUGGGUGACUCUGGUGCUUCAAUCAGAAUAGUGAAAUCAUAGUUGCUGCUAGCCUCACCCAAACUGCCUUACUUUGAGAAAUUAGUGCCUAUCCUUCUAGUUGUGACUGGGAGGAUACUUGUUAACGUCAUUGAGUUAUAUAAAAUCAGCGGUUACUGUAUGCCUAGACACAACAUUGCCUUAAUCCACUGGUCCUUAAAGGAAUAGUUCACCCAAAUGGUUGAUGUGAUUUAGGAAACUGUAGCAAAUAAACCAACAAAAUAUUCCCCAACAGACUUUCUGGGAAUAUCGAGGUUAAGAUUUAAAUUGUAGAAAAGGAUCCUUCCUCGAGGAUAUUAAUUGUAAUUAACCGAUCGUGUUGUUGGUCAUUGGUUAAAUUAAUUCCCACAAAGACUUUUAGAGAGGAACGCUGAUCAUGAGUUCGGUUCAAAUGCCUUUUUUAUUCAUCUCAAUGUAUCAGUUGCUUUUAUAAUUGUAUUAUGCAUCUUGUUCAUUUGUUUUAUUCUUAUGCAUCUCAAGGUACCGUAAUAGUUUCUGCAAUGAUUACAUAAAAAACAAAAAAAUCUGUACUCCGUGAGAAACACUGAAAUUCUGAAUUUGAACCAGAAGGGCAUUGUAAAAAUCAUGAAUAACGCACGAUAAUUUUUCUUGGGGUUUAGGUAAAGAAAAACAAUGUAACAUCCUUAACUUAAAGAAAACUAUCUUGGGUGCUUGGGUUCUCACAUGGGUAAAAACUGUAUAGCUACACAUAGCUGGGUAUCCCAUGAUGCUCUUUGAAUAAGAUCAGCUGAAACACUUGGAGAAACAAAAGAGGAGAACAACCGCCACUGGUGAUAAUCGCACAGUUUAUUUUAGACAAUGUGCUGCCGUGCUUGUCAAUUCUGAGUAGUGAAAAACAAAAUCCUUCAUAUUUGACAUUUUAAGAUGUACACAAAUAAAAAUGCAACAGAUUAAAAUGG